UAAUUUUGUAUUAAUUUUAGGAAAGAUGACAAAGUUGCUGUGUUCAACAGAAUGAAAGAAAUCUUAAGUGAAUAUGGAAAACUGGUGGACUCUCAGAGUGAUGGUCUUAAUAAUUAUGCAGAACCCAUUCUUAGUUUGUUUGGUAAUAACAAAAAUGAAAGCAAGAAAUGGAAGUGCAGCUUGACAGCAGCUCACAUUGAAAAAGAAUAUGCUGAUGGUGAGGAUGACUCAUCUGCAGCCCUCAGGCAAGACUAUGGGAUAUUUGCUGAGUUCCUUAAUGAUGUGGAAGACAGGAGUUCCCCUAAAUUUGUAAAGGAAGUUCCACCUUUCAAAAAUAUGAAUACCUGUGUAUCUUCAAAGGUAAUUGAAGAUACAAAUUGGCCUACAAAGUCUGAUUUUUACAAUGACAGUGCAGAUAUCGGCAAAAAACAGGAACCACAUUUUUUGUUGAGUGAAAGAAACCAGAAAGUAGAAUAUGAAAAUUAUCUUUUUGAAGACUCAAACAUCACAUCAAGCCAAGGUGCGACCAGUGGCUGCAAAAGAGGACAGUAUCCUUGGAAUAAAAUAGGCGUUUCAAACAACAGGAGAGGUGUAGCAGCAGUACGUUCUUCCCAUGGCGCAAGUAAUAAUUUCCACUCAGGAGGAAAUAAUGCGACUUAUGAAAACUUAAGAAACUCUG